AUGCCUGACUCCAGGGACGGCAGGAGGGCGGCCCUUGCUGACCUCUCCGGCGGGGUUGGCGGCGGAGGGUUCUUUAUCAGGAGGGUGGCCUCACCGGGAGCCCUGGCGGUGAGGGGUGCUGGGAAGCUGUUGGCGCGGCGUUAUAUGUCGCCCUCGAGGAACAAGGAGAACCAGCUGCCAGUUUGGGCGUCGAGGGCCACACUGACAAAGAGGAGCCCGCUUCCUGGAUGGUACCCCAGGACGCCUCUCCGUGAUAUUACAGCCAUUGCAAAGGCCAUUCAGAGAAGCCGUUCAAGGAUUGCUGCAGCUCAGCAGCAAAGCCAAAGGAUUGAGCAGUCUCCGCAAUCUGUGAACGUGACUACUGCAGCACAAGCAGAACAGGAUGCUCCUCACAUUGCUGAAGCCUCCCAUGCUGUUGCAUCUGGCUCCGGCUCAACUGAAAGAGAAACUGUAGCAAACCCUGCUACUGUCUUGGUUGAUGACAAUUUGAAUGUGUCUUCCUCGCCAGCAGAAAGCUCACUGAAUACUCCAUCCAAACCAAUGGAUCCUGCCCUUUCAGACAUCGUUGAGAAGAAACUUUCCAGUUCAAUAGAGAAGAUAGAGAAGUUGGUGAGGAAAAACCUGAAGCGAACACCAAAGGCUGCCCGGGCCUCCAGGAGGGCCACCCAGAGACGCAAUCUCAUGUCCAUGCGAUGA